AUGGAAGCCCUUCUUUCCCUGUCCUUCGGCAACCUCUCCUCCCGCGAUACGACCAGAAUACGAAAAGGCAUACGGCAGAUCGAAGGACUACUGGCCCAGAUAUGCUUAUCCGGGAGUAAGCUGUCACCGAACAAGCGACAAGGGAGUCGAGAGUUGGCUGGCCAGCAGGAUAGAGGCAAUGAUUGCAGGCAUCUGAAGGAUCUGAGGAAAGAUGCGGCGUUUCGGGAGUUCUUCAGAUUACAGGAGGGCUUCAGAUGGAAUGUUGCGUCCCGUCUGAUAGCGACUUUGGAACGAUUACUCGGCCACCCACCUUCGCAAACAACAAAUGCUCUCAUCCUCGCCACCAUGGACAUACUCCAAGGCCUCCUACUCCUCCACCCUCCAUCACGAACUCUCUUCAACCGCGAAGACUACAUGAACCUACUCCUCGACCUUCUCGACCCAUCAAACAACCCCCCAGAAAACCAGAGUCAAGCACUACUCGUGUUGGUAACAUCAUUGCUAGACUGUCCAGCCAACACCCGAACGUUCGAAGAAGUAGAUGGCCUACUCACCGUCACCAGCCUCUUCAAGAGUCGGAGUACAGUCAAAGAAGUAAAGAUGCGCACACUAGAGUUCCUGUACUUCUACCUCAUGCCCGAAGCGCCUCCUUCGACGUCCUCAUCCGCGCCGAACACGGCAGUAUUGCAGAGGAAUCCGAGCAAGAUCGAUGCACUGGCUGGCCAUGCGAGGACGCAUUCGGGUGAUAGUGAUCGCAUGGAUGUUGACGAGGAUGAUCAGAGCGAGCAGAGUCUGAGGAAGACGAAGACGACGGAGGAGAAGCAGAAGCUGCUGGGCAGGCAUUUGGGCAAUGUGGCUGAGCUUGUAAGAGAUCUGCGCGAGAAUGCAAUCUUUGCGGCUGCUGCGGGUGGUAGCGCUGGAUGA